AUGUGCCAGUGCGUGGCAUUUGCUCAGGAGGGCUCCGAGGAGGUCUGCUUUAGGACCCUGGACUUCUCUAGCCCGGUCGGCACCUGGGACCCCGAGAAGAUGCUGCCUGUCAUGCGUGCCUCUGUCCUGCUGUGGACAGCUGUGAUGCUUUUCUCUAUUUCUCUACAGCCUCAUCUUUCUGAAGCUACCUGGAAAUCUGUGGUAUCCUUGUAUCCCCCAUGGAAUAGAAUAUUUAAGGGAGAGAAUGUGACUUUCACAUGUUAUGGCAACAAUACCCUCCCAAAAGGCUCCAACAGCUGGAUAUUCAACAACACCAGCUUAAAUGUGACAACCUCAAGUCUUGACAUUGUGAAUGCAAAUGACCUGAACAGUGGAGAAUACAGAUGUCAGAAUGAGAAUUUCAACCAGAGUGACCCUGUGUACCUACGCAUUUUCAGUGACUGGUUGCUCCUUCAGGCCACCGCUGAGGAGGUGAUAGAGGGUGAAUCCCUCUUCAUCAGGUGCCACAGUUGGAAGAAUCAACAAGUCAAAAAGGUGACAUACUACAAGGAUGGCAUAGCUCUCAAGUACUGGUAUGAGAAUCACAACAUCUCCAUCAACAGCACCACCAUGGAAAACAGCGGUGUCUACUUCUGUAUGGGCAGUAUUUGGCAUCAACAGUAUAAUUCUAGUUCCCUCAGAAUCACUGUGAAAAAAAAAACUAGUCCCAACACCCACCAAAGCAACUGGCUGCAGCUUCUGGUCCCCUUGUUGGUGGUGAUUCUGUUUGCUGUGGACACAGUGUUGUUUACCUUGACCCAGCAGGAUCUCAAAUUUCUCUUGAUGAUGAAGAGCACCAGGAAAGGCAACAGGUCUACAAAUCGCCAUAAGACAGACCUCAAAAAGAACUGACACCACUGUUUAAGGCCAUUUGCAGCAGCAAUUGCUCCUCGGUUGUCAACCCCAGCUCACAAUGUACAUAGAACGGUCUGCACUCAAGGUUUCACAGAACUGCUUCAUUAUCCAACACAAACCAGCUC